AUGGAGGAGGCGCUUCGUGCGGAAUUCUGGAGGACGCUUUGGAAGUUGUGGGGGCUAAGAGCCAUGGUGCUGUUCAUGCUCGCAGUCCAAAUCGUACUCAUCCUCUUCGGCCACAAGAGGAAGUCCAGCCGCAAUCUCAAACUCAGGAUCGCCGUCUGGUCCGCGUACUCGACUGCGGACUCCUUGGCCGGCCUCGCCCUUGGUGUCCUCUCCAACAAGCUCGGAGAAGUGAAUGAGAGAAACGGCGGUCGCCUCAGCGACAACGACAAGUUGCUCGCACUCUGGUCCCCACUGCUUCUGCUUCUCUUGGGUGGCCCUGACACAAUCACUUCCUAUUCUAUGGAGGACAAUGCACUCUGGCUCAGGCAGUGCCUUGGCCUAGCGGCUCAAACAUCAGCCACGGCAUAUAUCAUCUUCAUGGCCUGGACAAGCUCUUAUCUCUCGUACCUCUCAUUGGUGAUAGCAUUGGUCGGGCUCGUCAGGUACGGGGAGAGAGUGUGCGCUCUUUGGAUGGCGAGCAACGACAAGCUCAAGCAGUUGGCACUCGGCCCGCCUUAUCUGAGCACGAGUUACCGCCACUACAUGGAGGAGUACACUAUGAAGCAGGCCGAGGGGUAUUACGUUGUGGCGGACGAGGUGAUUGAGGUCCAAGUGCCAGAAGGUAUUCCUAGUGGUGGUGAUGAUCUGUCUACAGUGAUCGAUUCUGAGGUCAUUGGGACAGCCUAUGGCCUGUUCCAGAUGUUCAAGUGCCUCUUUUUUGAGUUGACACUCAGCCAUGCGGAGAAGAAUACUAGCACAUCCAUAUUCAAGGCAAUCGAUUCGGAGAAAGCUUUUGGGAUAGUUGAGAUCGAGCUCGGGUUCCUCUACGACUUGCUCCACACAAAGGCAGGGGUGCUUUACACCAAGUGGGGACUCCUACUCCGCUUGUUCACUUUCUCGUCCAUUCUGUUGGUGCUGGUGCUCUUCUCUUUAGCCAAGAAGUCGCACCUAGCGAGAGUCGAUCUUUCCAUCACUUACUUGUUGCUGGCUGUCAUUGUUUUCUUUGAGACCUAUUCGAUUUUGAUGCUGGUUUCCUCGGAUUGGAGCGACCUUUGGUUGGGCAAGCACAACAAGAACCGUGCCUUGAGAUGUGCCGCGAACUUUAUAAGAUUGCCUAGACAACCCAGGUGGUCACAUUCAAUUGCCCAACUCAGCUUGCUCAGCCUUUGCAGUAAAGAGAGGCCCUUGGUUUGCCAAAAUGUGCUUGAGUUCUUGAAGAUCAGUGAGAAGCUAGAGAAGUAUCACUACAUCCUCCAUGAAGACGUAUCCAACGAGAUUAAGACUUGGAUCUUCCAUCAUGUCAAGGACGAACUUUACAAUGUGGAGGAGCACCACGCGCCGGUCCACGUGGAUAUUGAGAAAAGUCUUGCUAGGCUACUCAAAGGUUAUGGCCUCGCUCAAGCUAAGUGGGCCACCGAAGGGGAUUUCUACCAGGUUGUCCUAACUUGGCACAUUGCCACCGAACUAUCGUACUACUCGGAUACAGUGAAAGGGCAAUGGGAAUCCGACCUCCCUCAUUUUCGGCUGAGCAAGCUUCUCUCCAGGUACAUGCUUUAUCUUCUGGUCAUGAACCCUUCUAUGCUGCCCGUAGGAAACAGGGAAAUAAGCCUCCGCGAUACUUUUGCCGAGGCCUUCAAAUUUUUUGAGGAUAACCAAAUACCCAAGUCCGAAUCUAAUCGAGAGCCCUAUCGGUGGAUAAAAAAUCUAGUGAUCAAUAGAGGGAAGAAAAAUGAAAUGAACUCGUCGUAUCUUCAGCGAGCUUCCAGACUGCUGCUAGAGAAGAGCAACAAGGUUCUACUUCCACCAACUAAAAUGAUAGGCGGAAAGAGCAAGUCUGUGUUCUAUGAUGGAUGCCGGAUCGCGGAGCAGAUCAAAGAGAGGGAAAUUAGUCUAAAGUGGGAAGCGAUCGGGAAGCUCUGGGUGGAGAUAUUGAUAUACGUUGCGAGGCAAUGCAAAGGGGAUCGUCAUGCUGGGCAGCUGAGGCGAGGGGGAGAGCUUCUGACCCAUGUUUGGCUCAUGAUGGCUCAUUUCGGCCUGACUGAUAGUUUUCACAGGAACGAAGGGCGGGUCAUUGCUAAGCUCAUAUUGAGAUAG